AUGGUAGGUUUGGAACGGAUACCGUACGGUAAAAGUGGAAACAAAACAAUCGGCAAACCAAUCUUGCUGUUACAUGGAUUGUAUGGGACUUCCAUGUAUUAUACACUUAGCAAUAUAUCACUUAGUUUCACGUUAUCCGAUGCUGGUUUCGACGUUUGGUUGCUCAAUUUCCGGCUGGCCGGUAUUUCCAAGUACAUAAAAAAUCCAAAGACCGGCGUAGUGCCUUCAUUGAGGAACGUUUCAUGGGAUUUCAGUUUUGACGAGUUGGGAAUAUACGACACAACAGCAGCCAUUGACUUUAUAUUGAAGAAGACUGGACAUACUACGCUACAUAUGGGCGGCUAUUCUUUCGGGGCUACUAUAUGCCUAAUUGCAUUAGCAGAAAGACCGGAAUACAACGAAAAAAUCGAUAAGUUGGUGUUGAUAGUGCCAACGGCCAGGAUGAUGUAUUACGACAAAAGACUUAUUAUUUUAAAAAUUUUUCCCUUCAUAUUCCACAGGACGUUAAAAGAUAGACAUUAUGUGCCGAAAAUGAAACAUCCAGAUGAUCAAUGGUUCGGACGUCAGUGCAAAGAAAAUAUAUACAUGAAACCGUUUUGCUUGUACGUAAUGACCCAGGUCCAAGGCAACCUAUUGGCCAUAGAUUACAAUACCAUAGAAAUUUUGAGAACAUAUCCUCAACCGACAUCUGUCAAAGUAAUGACGCAUUAUUUCCAACUCGUACGCGAAGCAACCGAUAAUCGUUUAUUGGCUGUAAAACGUAAGGAGGCGGGUGUUUACCGUCCAAAUCAUGUUCACGCUUAA